CCCUUCGUGCUGCUCGUAAAUUAAGUUCCUUUCCACCAAUGAGGGCAAGUCAGCGAAGGUAGAAAAUGGUUGCCCAUGUUCACCAACUGUGAAGACUUAGGAUCACACAACUACAGCUUUGAUUCUCCAAGUGUUUCAGGAUGUAAAUGUAGUCUGACCUUUCCCUGCUGGACAGUUAAAUCAUGGACACACUAAACAAUUUAAUUUGGACUGUCCUUCCAAAAGAUGCUUUGGCUUCUCUCUCGAAUGCUCACUAAGCAUUUGUAGCUGACAAGGAAAAGGAAGAAAACUGUGAACUGGAAAGUUAUCUUACAAUGAAAAUUACGAGCACAUCUUGCAUCUGUCCAGUCCUCGUGUGUCUCUGUUUUGUGCAGAGGUGUUAUGGAACUGCUCAACACAGCUCCAUCAAGGGGACCAGAAACCAAACCAAACACAUCGAAGGUGAAACCGAAGUCCACCACCGUCCCAAAAGGGGAUGGGUUUGGAAUCAGUUCUUUGUUUUAGAAGAACAUAUGGGACCAGAUCCACAGUAUGUUGGAAAACUGCACUCCAAUUCUGACAAAGGUGAUGGGUCUGUGAAGUACAUCCUUACUGGAGAAGGUGCUGGGACUAUAUUUAUCAUUGAUGAUACCACGGGUGACAUCCACUCAACAAAAAGCCUAGACAGAGAGCAGAAGACCCACUAUGUGCUUCACGCUCAGGCUAUUGACAGACGAACAAACAAGCCCCUUGAACCUGAAUCUGAGUUUAUCAUCAAAGUGCAAGACAUCAAUGACAAUGCUCCAAAGUUCACAGAUGGACCAUAUAUCGUAACUGUGCCUGAAAUGUCAGAUAUGGGUACCUCUGUUCUACAGGUGACAGCCACUGAUGCAGAUGACCCUACCUAUGGAAACAGUGCUCGGGUGGUUUACAGCAUUCUCCAGGGACAGCCCUACUUCUCUGUAGACCCUAAAACAGGAGUUAUUAGAACUGCCUUACGUAAUAUGGACAGAGAAGCCAGAGAACAUUACUCAGUGGUCAUUCAAGCCAAAGACAUGGCUGGGCAAGUUGGAGGGCUUUCGGGAUCCACCACCGUGAACAUCACCCUGACGGAUGUCAAUGACAACCCCCCACGGUUUCCUCAAAAGCACUAUCAGCUGUAUGUUCCUGAGUCAGCUCAAGUUGGUUCAGCUGUUGGGAAAAUCAAGGCAAAUGAUGCAGACACUGGUUCAAAUGCAGACAUGACAUACUCCAUCAUUAAUGGUGACGGUGUUGGGAUAUUCUCCAUCUCCACUGACAAAGAGACCAGAGAAGGGAUCCUUUCCUUAAAGAAGCCACUGAACUAUGAGAAAAAGAAGUCAUAUACCCUCAACAUAGAAGGAGCCAAUACACAUCUUGAUUUUCGCUUUUCUCACUUGGGUCCUUUUAAAGAUGCUACCAUGCUGAAGAUCAUUGUUGGGGAUGUAGAUGAACCACCACUAUUUUCCAUGCCUUCCUAUGUCAUGGAAGUCUAUGAAAAUGCCAAGAUUGGGACAGUUGUUGGCACAGUUUUGGCACAAGAUCCCGACAGUGCUAACAGCUUAGUAAGAUACUUCAUCGACUACAAUGCUGAAGAUGACAGGUUUUUCAACAUUGAUGCCAACACUGGAACCAUAAAGACUACCAAGGUUCUUGACAGAGAAGAAACUCCAUGGUACAACAUCACAGUUGCUGCUUCAGAAAAUGACAAUCCAAGUUUGCUGAGCCAUGUCACAGUGGUCAUUAGAGUUCUGGAUGUCAAUGACAAUCCACCCGAACUUGCCAGGGAAUACGAUAUUGUUGUCUGUGAAAAUUCUAAGCCUGGCCAGGUUAUUCAUACCAUCAGUGCCACUGAUAAGGAUGAUUUUGCCAAUGGACAAAGGUUUAACUUCUUUCUUGAUGAACAUCUGUCUAUAAACCCAAACUUCACUCUGAAGGACAAUGAAGAUAACACAGCCAGCAUUCUGACAAGGCGGAGGAGAUUUAGUCGAACUAUUCAGGAUGUGUAUUACGUCCCCAUUAUGAUCUCUGACGGUGGAAUCCCCUCUCUCAGCAGCAGCAGUACCCUCACCAUCAGGGUUUGUGCGUGCGAGAGAGACGGGCGCGUGCGGACCUGCCGUGCAGAAGCCCUCCUGUCCUCGGCUGGCUUGAGUACAGGGGCCUUAAUCGCUAUUCUACUGUGUGUUGUCAUUCUCCUAGCAAUUGUAGUACUUUUCAUCACCCUGAGACGCAGCAAAAAAGAGCCCCUGAUCAUUUCAGAGGAGGACGUGCGGGAGAACGUGGUCACCUAUGAUGACGAGGGGGGCGGCGAGGAAGACACCGAGGCCUUUGACAUCACAGCCUUGAGGAAUCCGUCUGCUGCCGAGGAGCUCAAGCACCGGAGAGAUAUCAGGCCGGAAGUGAAACUCACCCCCAGGCACCAGACGUUUUCCACCCUGGAAAGUAUAGAUGUUCAGGAGUUUAUUAAGCAAAGACUGGCUGAAGCCGACCUAGACCCCAGCGUCCCGCCUUAUGACUCUCUGCAGACUUACGCCUAUGAGGGUCAGAGAUCGGAAUCUGGGUCCAUCAGCUCGCUGGAUUCAGCAACCACACAAUCAGACCAGGAUUAUCAGUACCUUGGAGACUGGGGACCCGAGUUUAAAAAGUUAGCUGAACUCUAUGGAGAAAUAGAAUCUGAAAGAACAACUUAG